CCCGCACGCGCAUCCGCCAUUUUCCGGGAGACUAGGAGCAGGUAGACCUCAAACCUCCCCCCCGUACCACUCCAAACACAGCAGGUGCAUGACCCCUGUCGUCCAUGGCCGUGCCGCUGGUGUCAGGGGGGCUCUCAGUCAGUGGGCGGGGCCCAGAGACUCUGGAGGAAGUCCCGCCCCAUAUAUGGAGAGGCCUCCCAGACAGCAUGACAUUGGCUCCCUCGGCAGUCAAUCAAAACCGCAUUGGUGUGUGGGCUAAUCGUGUGAUCCCCAGGGGGAAGCGUUUCGGGCCAUUCAUGGGAGACUUGAAGAAGAGAUCGCAAGUCACCAGCAACGUAUACAUGUGGGAGGUGUAUUUCCCAGCGCGUGGUUGGAUGUGUGUAGACGCCACAGACCCUCUGAAGGGAAACUGGCUGCGGUACGUCAAUUGGGCCCGAAACGCUGACGAGCAGAACCUCUUCCCCCUCGAGAUCAACCGGGCCAUACACUACAAGGUGCUCAAGCCAAUCUCGGCCGGGGAAGAGUUGCUUGUGUGGUACAAUGGGGAAGAGAACCCGGAGAUAGCAGCCGCGCUGAAGGAAGAAAGAGCAAGCACUCACAGCAAGAAACACUCUCCCAGGGCGAAAAAAGGCAGGAAGCGUCUCGCGGGGCGCGAGCGCCAGGCUGCAGCCGGACAGCAGGAUCCCGGCGCCGACACACACACUCGCACACACACCGACACACACCCCGAUAUGCGCGAGUCCCAAGAAGGGCUGAGUGAGGAGGGCUCCUCCGUCUCCUCGGUUACGGCCGGAGUGAAGGAUACACACCCCUCCAAAGACAUGCCCCCCUCCACCAUGGUUGCUAUGCAUCCCCCUCAGGCCGACGCCCAUCCCCCUCGGCCCCACCUCUCACAGGUGAACACGGUCACCCCGGCAACUAGCCCCCCCACACUCACCUCACAGGGGGAGGAGGAUGAGGAGGAGGAGGAGGGAGGAGGAGAGGGAGAGGGGGAGGAGGAGGGGAAAGAUGGAGAAGAGGAGGAGAUGGUAGAGGAGGAGCAGGGAGAGGAGGAAGAAGGAGGAGAGGAAGAACAGGAGGAGCUGGAGGAGGAAGAAGAAAUGGAGCAGAGCCCUGAGCUUCCUGAAGCUUCCAACGCCAGGUCACAUGACCAACUAGGCCCCUCCCCCUCCUUGACUUUGCCCCGCCCACCUGAACUCCCGGAGCCCCGCCCUUUACCCGAGGGCAACCAUGAAGAGGAUUCCCAUGACAACAACACGUACCCGUGUCCGCAGUGCGAACGUCACUUCAGCACCAAGCAAGGGUUGGAGCGCCACGCGCACAUACACACACAGACACACACACACACCACCCCCAUGGCCCCGAUCACACACACCAUCACGCACGCCAAUGCCCUGCCUCAGGACGGCGUGUGCUUCACCUGCCGGUACUGCGGGAAGGCGUUCGGGUCGCAGGUGGGCCGGCGCCGCCACGAGCGACGGCACGAGAGCUCGGCCAAGAAGCGGCCAGGGUCCCUCGCCGGAACCGCCACCCCAUUGGCCAACAGCGCCAGCAGCAGCCCUGCCCACCAAAUGCAACUCCACCCCGUUGUCAUGACGACGACUCAGAACCAGAACGGAGGCGCGUUCAGGCCUAUGGGAGGCGUCGGAGGAGGAGAGAUGGCGUUGAUGAUUUCAUCAGGCAAUGGCCACACCCCCAGCACCACGGCACAGCCCCUACAGCGCCCUCAUGUGUCAGAGGAGGGUAGUGACGCGGUUGCGCGAGAGCAGCACGUGUGCCAGUACUGCAACAAGGCAUUCGGCACGCACACCAACAUGCGGCGGCACCAGAGACGCAUCCACGAGCGUCAUCUGCUGGCGAGAGGAGGGGCGCGCAGCAGGGGCACGCUGCUGCCGGAGGCCGGACACAACAGCCACGCCCGGGCCAGUCGCGGACCAGACGACCCAACAGGUUCGUCUCCGUCGCGAGGGGAGAGUGGCAGUGCGUCGUCGGCGCGCGUCUACGUGGCUAGCGUAGAAUCGGAGGAGGAGGCGGAGAGGGAGGAGGCCCUGGCACACGUCUCCUCCAACAUCUCCGAGAACCUCGCGCUCUACAUCGACGGCAAGAUCACCCAGAGCGACACCGUGACCUCUGGCUGCGAGGUCAUAGAGGUCACUGCGGGGUCAGCGGCCGCCACCUUGCUGGGGCUCGACGCCCUCAUCAUCAGCCCCGAACAGCUCAGCCAGGCGCUGAAGGCCCAGCAACACACACACACGUUUGCACACACGCUUACACAGACACACUCACUCACAUCACCUUCCUCUUCCGCUGGCACGCAGCGCACACACACACACUCAAACACCCUGCAGGCGUCCGCGACGACGACGGUUAAGAGGCGCACCUCCACCCCCCCGCUGCUCCCCCAUGUGAAGAUGGAGACGGACUCCUCUUCCUCCUCCUCCUCCUCCUCCCUGCUGCUGGGCGGUGUGUGUGUGUCAGGAGAGGGGCUGAAGGAGCGGAGUGUGUACCUCUCUCCCAAAUUGAAGCAGCUCCUGCAGACGCAGACGCAUGAUGGCCACAAGAGUUCCGGUUCUGGAACCCUGUUGGUAGAUUCCGCCCACCCCCACUCGCGCCAGGCCCCUCCCCUCUCCCUCAGCCCGCUCCUUAGCGCCCCUAGUGGCCGCUUCAAACGCCGCACCUCAUCCCCACCCACACCCACCCACGACGCACAGAACACACACUCCCCUGAUGACCAGCGCACACACACACACUCACACACAACACACCCACACAUCGAGUCCCCGCCCCCCUUCCUGCUCAAGGUGCCCAAAGUAGAGGGCCAGAGAAGUGGGGGUGGCAGGCAGUGGGGGGUGUGUGCACGCGACGAUAGAGAGGCCGAGAGCAAGACCACACACACACACACCUCAUCACACACCCCGUCUCCUGGAGAGUGGCCCGUUUCUUCUCGCGGAGGCGGGGGUGUUUGUAACCAACUGCCCCUUGAUCUGUCCAGCAGUGUAGCCAAGCGCAGUAGCAGCAGCAGCAUGAGUAGCAGUAGCAGUAGCAGCAGCAGUAGUAGUAGUGGGGUGGUGAGAGCAGAGGGCGGGUCCGUACUGGACCUCAGUGUCAGCAGCCGCGAGACGCCCCCCAUCCCCAUUACCCCCACCGUCGCCCCCGUUACUGUGGAAGCAGACACCCGUAGCAACCAGCCCCCAGCCCCAGUGGCAGUGGUGGCGGGCCGCAAGAAGAAGCCCAACACCAGCAUGCUGGAGCGGGUUCUCAUGAGCGACUACACAGACGCCAACAACACUGCCGCCGCUGACGAUGACGCUGACGUUACUUCCUCUCCAGAUGAUGUCACUUCCGCCUCUGCUGACGUGACUUCCUGUCCGGCUGAUGUCAUUUCCACCUCUGCUGACAUCACUUCCUCCCCUGCUGAUGUCAAUUCCUCCUCUCCUGCCGAGUCCUUGCCGCCCUCGCUGACGCCCAUGACCCUUCACCCCUUAUCGCCCCCCUCCCCCCGUCGCCUGGCCUCCCCCACCCCUCCUCCUCCUCCACUCUCCUCCUCUCCCUCCCCUCCUCCUUCCCCUCCCCCCGUGCUCUCCCCGCACACACAUACACCACAGGACCAGGAGCCAUUGGCGAACACAGACGGUCACGCCGAGACAGAACCUGCCGUUAAAGUCACACACGCCGAAACAAGUUCUGAUGUCACACAGACAGGCGUCUCAGGUGACACAGAGCCACCUGCUGGUGACAUUGACACACUGCAGGGUGCUGACGAAAAAGAGGAACCAAGUGCUGCUUACCUGACCACCGGAACCGCCCCACUACCUUCGCUGCAGAACGGUUCCUCAGGAGAACCAGUCAAUGAGGAUGAGGAACUCCGGAAACCAGCCAAUGAUGAUGAAGAGGAACAACCCUCAGAGCCCGCUGGUCCACCAUGCAACGAGCUCAAAGGAGAACCACAGUCUGUUGCUACUACGGAGAAACGCACACCCACAAGACACACACCUUCUAGACACACACCCACGAAACACACACCUGUAAAACACACACCCACUAAACGAGCUGUCAAGCAGGAACCAGAACCCAUUGCCAACGGUGACAUGGGAUUGGACAUUUAUGAUAAGGAGGCGGGGUUGGACGUCCACAAGGGGGCGGAGGCGGACGUGGACGCCGCUGGGUCUGCAGACGUGGCGGAGGAGGAGUUUGAUGGUGAUGCCGAUGGCGAGUCGUUCUCCAAGAGCUUUGUGUGCAACGUGUGUGAGCAGCCCUUCGCCUCCAUCUCCGCUCUGAGCCGCCACAUCCGGACGCACGCACGCGAUUGGCCGCUGAAGUGCGAGUUCUGCGUGCAGCUAUUCACCACCAGGGCGGCUCUGUGGGAGCACCGCUCUGCGCUGCACGGCGUGGGGCGCAUCUACACCUGCUCGGCCUGCAGUAAGGAGUUCGCCUUCCUCUCCAACCUGCAACAGCACCAGCGCACCCUCCACCCCGACACGCCCUGCACAUUCACACACACACAUACCGCCAAGCUGCGCACACACAACUACACGGAUCCCGACCACACCCCUGAGGAGGAGGAGGAGCUGGAGGAGGAGGAGGAAGUGGAGGUGGCUGCGGAGGGCCAGCAGGAGAAGGAGGAGAGAAAGGAGAAACAGGAGGAGGAGGAUAGAGGAGAGCAGAUGGAUGUUGAGGGACUAGAGGCAUCAGGUGAGGACCCUCCUCCCGAGGACCCUACUGAAGAGCUCUACACCACCAUCAAGAUCAUGGCCUCCGAGGCGGGCAAACGCCGCGGUCCCGACGUGCGCCUUGGCCUCAACCAGCGCUACCCGAGCUUCAAGCCGCCGCCCUUCCCCUACCACAACCGCUCGCACGCCGCUGCUGCCACGGCAACCGCCGCCUCGGCGACCAGCUUCAGCACCCACAACAUCCCCAGCAGCUUCGCCACGGCGAUCCGCUGCACCAAGUGCGGACAGGGGUUCGACAAUAUGCCCGCGCUGCACACGCACAUCCUGGCCUGUGCCUCCGCCAGCGACCGCAAGCGCUACACGCCCAAGAAGAACCCCGUGCCCCUCAAACAUGCACACACACUCCACACACACAACAACAACAACGGCCUGGCUAGCCCGGCAACCAGCCCCAACCAAUCAGGUGUCGCUGGUGCCUCCCCCGGUCCCGCCUUCCGCAGGAUGGGCCAACCAAAGCGGCUGAACUUCGGGGGUGAGCCAGUUGCGGGCGGGCGUAUGAGCGUGCUCAGCAAGAAGAAGCAACAGCUGGUGCAGAAGGCGAUGCUGCAGAAGCAGAGGAGCGGCGCGGGGAGGAAGGCGAUAAAACAGGAGGAAACGGAGGAGGAGGAGGUCAAGCAGGAGGACUCUGCUGGCCCUGGAGAGGAGCAUGUGUGCCCUCACUGCUCUCGCUCGUUCACCUACCCAGCUAGUCUGACCAAACACGUGGCCAUGAGCUGCCCCCUCAAGCCCCCUGCCAAACGGGGCAGGAAACCCCUGUCGCCCCCGGCAACGACCCCAGACCCAUCCGCUCCCUUCCCCGCCCCCGAGAAGAGCAUGAGCCUGCGGAGACGUGGAGGGGAGGAGCUAAAACAGGAAGUGAAGCAGGAAGUGGACAUAUUAUCCCCUCCCCCUCCCCCGAGGCCACUGGGGAAGACACGCGCUCGCAGCUCCGGGCUCGCCGAGGCUGCCCAGGCACAACAGCCAAUCAAAACCGAGCCUCAGGCCCCACAACCAAUCAAGGGCCAAACUACUCCUAGCCAGCCAACCAGAGGUCGGCCUCCGCUCAAACGUCCCGCCCAGCAGCCUCCAACACUACCAGUCGCCACCGGCAACAAGAAGGGCAGGAAGAGUCUCCAAGCCACGCCUCCAAGCCUGAGCCCUGGCCAAUCAACAGCAGCAGUGGAGGAGGGAGACAAGCCAAUCAGCAAGGGGCAGAAGGGAGGUGCUAAGAAAAGCGUGGGGGAGAAAGCUACGCCCCCGCAGCCUCAGCAGGCCAAUAGGGGUGAGCGAUUCUCUCUGCGCACGCGAGCUGGGGGAGCAAUGACGCGCAGCCUUCAGCAAGCAGACGCCACACCAGAAGACCCCGCCCACCAGGAAGCGGCGGAUGCUACUGCCAAACUGUCCAGGUAGACACACACACUCACACACACACACACCCUCCCUGGCAGAGACACACUUUCGCGCCCUCCGUGGUGCUACAAGGGUCUUCAUUACGAAAGUGGGGGAGAGGACCUCAGAUGACCCUUCACCUUUGACCCUGCUCCAGUCCCGCUGCUCGCUACUGAGCAUGUGCAGGGAGAUCUGCUGAGAUUGGUGGACAGCUUCUGAGGCUCCAUCUUACUAAGGGCUCUUCUGCUUCGGAAGUCAGAGGAGGCAGACGCGGCCUCAUACGCAGACUUCAGAGGAGGCAUGCAGAGAACACAAACUCGCAUGCAGACUGCGCAGGAUUACAAGAGGACUGUAGACAUACGUACAGUACCACCAAAGACUUUCUCAGUAGAGUAAGAUGAUUCAAACAUCUUGACAUCACAUGGAUCCAGGAAGUGCACAGGCUUGCUGAAUCAUCUUACUCUACUCUACUGUCUUUGGUUCCACCUCCUGCUACAGGACUCUGUCUGUCCGCAGCCUCCAUCACCAGCUUAUGGACACUCGGCCUCACUCAAAGGAUUCUGGCUGCAGACAACAAUCGGUAAUGGGCAACCUGAAUUCACAAGCUAUAUCCCAGUGUCACAUAUUCCAUGGUUCAAUGGUUUUACCUGUACAAUUUUGCAAUCACAUGGUUUUUAAGGACAGGUAAAACCAGGCCAUCUUAAAUAGGCGGCACUGGGGCUCUAACUUAACACCAGCCAACCGGCCAAAUUUCAGUUUGGCUGGUAGAAAAGAACAACUUACUAGCCACUGUGGUUGGUGAUGAAAAAGUGAAUCUAGAGCCCUGCGCGACACUGGACUGUAGCGUCUGGAUCCAGGUUGCCCGUCACUAACACCAACCUCACACCUCUACAGGACUCACGCUGGCUACAGCCUCCAUCUGUAGCCUAGGAAGGACGCCUGCAGACGACAACCUCACUGUAAAGGACUGUAGAUAAUGACAAAUGAAAUCCGUCUGUGUAAAAGUGAUGAGGGGUGCCAUGGCUGAACGGGUAAUGUUGGGGCUGUUUAAAUGGUUAGCAUGGUUGGCUGUGCUAUUGCUAAUGCUAAUGUCAAUCAUUUAUUUACACGUUACUGCAGCUAGCCUGCUAGCCUGUUCCCCAUCUGGGGUGCAUUUCUGGACGACACCAUAUUUGCUACUUUGUUGUUUGCAAUGCAAUUUCCCAUUGCAACUACCCAAGUUAACUAACUGGCUAGCAACUACACUUUCGAGGAACAAACCCCUGGCUCGGGCCCUGAUUUAGUCUGGUUCUGGAUCUGAUUUAGUCUGGUUCUGGAUCUGAUUUAGUCUCGUUUGGGAUCUGAUUUAGUCUGGUUUUGGUGGUGGUCAGACUGACCUCCUCACUCGUCUUCCCUGCAUGAGAUCUAAUUCCUGUUUGACUCCUCUGAGCCUCUCUCUGCCUGCCCCACCCCUUCAUUAAGACCACCCGUUAAUGAAGAGUUGUUUCGUUAAGACCAUCCCUUAAUGAAGAGUUGUUUCGUUAAGAUCACCCCUUAAUUGUGGUCCGUUUUUGUUAAAACCAGCCCUUAAUAGAGUGUUGUUGUUUUCUUAAACCAGCCCUUAAUAGAGAGUCAUCUCGUUAAGACGACCUCGUUAAGGUCCGUUCCCCCUCCAUACUCGUUACCAGCUCCACUGCCCACUGGGAUGGUGAGUGUAUUUAAUUUAAUGUAUUGCCCUAUAGACAAUGAAAUAUCAACAAUCUCCUGUAAAGAGACAUUUUUAUGUAAACUUAUGACAUGUAUAAGCAAUCUGUUUGAGAUAGUUGGACCUGGAGGUCAGGACUAUGUGUGUGUGUAAGAGGUCGAGAGAGAGAGACGUGCGCGUCUGUGAGUGUGCGUCUGUGUGUGUGCAUGUGUGUGUUGUCCAUGGGGCCAUGCCAUGAUGUCUGGUGCUUACCUUUAGCAUGAUCACAAAGGGCUAACAUGCCUCUUAUGACAUCACAAAGGGCUUACAUGCCUCGGAUGACAUCACUUCCUCUUCCUGCCUCGUGUGAAGUUCUGGCCCCGCCCCCAGGAAGAAUACAGGAGAUGAAUGCUGUCAUAUAUUUUUGUUUGUUUGUUUUUCUGUUUGUUUUUUGUGACAAAAUGGAACUCGUUAAUUCUUUCAAUCUAAAGAUGGAAAUGUGAAAUCCAAACUAUGCCCCGUGUUGUCCAAAAGCACUUUAAUAAUGAUGAUGAUGAUGAUUGAUGGAACUGAUCUGAUAAAAAAAGCCAAGGGGAUGAACAGUUUAUUAUUAUUAUUCUAUGAAUUUGAAUGAAAUUUGGAAUUUGGUUUGAUCUUCUGUUUGUUUGUUUUUUUUAGUGCUAAUCUUUUUAGCAUCUCUCAAAUACACUAUAUCCUCCUAUAA